UAUUAUUUUUUUUUUCUGAUCCUAAUAUUUUUGGUCAUUAAAAUUUUUGUUUUUAUUGUUGAUCUCGUUUUAUACUUCCGGCAGCAUUUACAUCUGGAUUUAUUUUCAUUUGACAUUUCUUCAUUGUUUUCAUAACGAAAAAGUCAAAACUGUAAGUACAAGGCGAAAAGAUAAUUUUGUAUAGAUGGUCAUAUUGGACGUCAGGCGGAACCAUAGAAUUACAGUGACACCAAAGGUAUUAUGAAGUGAACACCACUAUGAAUAAUAGGAAUAAGCGAGCACGGCUGGAGUUGUCUUUGGCACCGGCAACUAUUGAUGCUGGGACCAUUAAUAGCUGUUCUGUGAAUGCAACUGAUAUAGCGUCCAGUAUUGGUGGGACGCCAAACAUCUUUUUGGGCAAUUCUUCGAACGCAAGUGUCAAUAGCACUAGUUCGGUUAAUAUGUUACCCACAAACGUAUUUCUUACAAUCUGUGAUGAGAACUCAGAUGAAUCGCAGGAAUAUCUGGCCAUUGGCAAUACCCUGACCCCAAUUAAACAAGAACAUACCGAUACUUUAUGCAGCAGUAGCACACAGGGCACACAAACCUUGCCAUUGCAAUAUCGCCUUGUCAAUCAAAUACAACGUCAACCACACAAUAUCGAUAAUAUUAACAACAGCAGCAUCGUUAAUAAUGGUGCAACUACUACUUUUAAUGCUGCGCUGCCAAUGCAUCUACCGAACGGUUGCGAAAUUUAUAUAGUCAAGGAGUAUGUAGACAAUGUGCCCACCAUUCUGACAGAUGAAAGUGAGUUAUUGCAAGGACCAACAACUCCGCCAGCGAACGAGACAACAGAAACAAUUAAAUUAGAGCCGGACUCUUGUGUAACGUCUACAGCAUGUGCUAGUACUGCAACUUCCACUACCACCAUCAAUGACGUGCAAAUUCUUCGUAAUACACCACAGCACCUUAUAAACGCUAAUAAGUCGGCCAAUGUCACUGCCGAUGGGCGGGCAAAUGCAAGUAGAAAUACCACGUCAGUAGCAAGCAUUAGCGUUCCAGAUACACAGGGCAAUAGUACAAAACGCAGUUGCAUAUUAGAGGCGUAUAAAAAGCGAGAUGAUAAGCGACGUGCAACUCAUAACGAAGUUGAACGACGGCGACGCGAUAAAAUAAACAAUUGGAUUUUUAAACUGAAAGAGAUGCUACCGACCGAUGGCAUUAACAAUAAUAAUAAUAAUAAUCAACAAAUUGGCAUGGUGGAACAGUUGACAACAAAAACCAUUACUAACACUAAUCCUAGCAAUAACAACAGCAACAGCAGCAAUCGAACGCCGCCCAAUGAUUCCAAGUCACAAAUACUAAUCAAAGCUUGCGAGUAUAUCAAAACCAUGCAGGACGAGAUAAAGAGUCUGCGUGAGUGCCUUAGCGAAAAUGAGAACCUUCGUCUGAGUAAUCAGCGUUUACAAAAUGAGUUAACGAAAUUGCAACGCGACCAUGUAGCGAACGAAAGGGCCAAUUUGCACACGCGCAAUUUCAAUAACAAUUUCAAUAUAACCUUAAACAGUUUAAAUAGCAAUAAUAGCAAUGGCAGUGGUGGUGGUGGCAGCGCCAGCAGUAGCCCUGGUGGCACUGGCAACAGCAUUUUCGCCGCCCUCAAUAUACCAACACACACAAGCAACGCGAAUACGUUCACGAAACGCGAGUUAAUCAUACGCGAUUAUGUUGAUUAGAAUUUUAGUCAUUUGUUAUUUUUUUUUACUUAAAUAACUGUAUCGAAGUGAUGCUACAAAUGUACAACUGUCAGGCCAAAACUUCUGCAGUGCUAAACGAGUUUUUAUAUACAUUUGUGUAUACAAAUUUAUUAAUUACUUUACUGACACAACACUCACUACAUAUUUCUCCAUACGAGUUUAAAGAAUUUACUAUUUCACUAUUAUUGUUAAUAAAGUAUACUGUUUGUAAUAAUAUAACUAAAAUUAUAUAAAAAAAAUUACAUAAGUAGGUACUAUACUCACUACAACUAUCGACUUGAAAUAUGUCAUUAAACUUAAAGCUCUAGUUACUAUGCGCUUCUCUAAUACAUAUUAUAUGCGCUUCCUCUAAUUAGUGCAAAAAUCUGCGUUACUGACGCUUUCGUUUACUCUAACUCUAUAACUAUCACAGAAAUAUAUAAUAUAUAUGCUAAAGUUAGGCAUAUAAAAUCACCUGUUGCAUAAAUUUAAGAAAAAAAUAAAGUGUUAUAAGCAAAAUAUACAUGCAUAUGCAUAAAUGUAUGUGAUGAAUUAUGCAAAGCAUAAAUAUAUUUUUAAUUUUGUUAUAUAAGUUGAAUGUGCAAUUUUUGGGAUUUAAAACGAUUUAUCAGGGAUAAUUUUUAAGUUUAAUUUUUUUAAGAUUAUAAUAUUUAAGUUGACAAAACAGAUGCUUAACUUUUUAAAUAAAGUUAUUAAAUCGUAUACCUGCGUUUAAAAUUAAUUUUGUUAAUUAUAAACUGAACAAUUUUGUUGAUUAAAUUUGUGUGUUUACGAAAACAAAUAUCAUUUACACAAAGUUUUUUUCAUAAUUUAUUUAAUAUUGAAUUUGUUAAAUAUUAUAAUAUCCAUUGAAACGAAAAUACUUAAAUUUACUUAAAAAGCAUACGUUACAACUUUCUAAACACUGUUGGUUUAUAUUUUAUUUUUUACAGUUAUAAAGUACCCUAUAGAACAAAUAAUUAGUGCUCCACUGUUUAACACAUGCAUAAAACAAGUUAAAAAUAAAAACGGGAAGAUCAGAAAUUAAUAAAACUUGAGAGACGUAUAAAAAUAUUGACUCCAUAAAAAUUAUAUGCAGUUUUCGUAAAAAAUACGAAGCUCUUAUUUCUUUUUGAAAACUCUGUGGGAGGUUAUUUUUUAGUAAAUUCCAAAAACAUUGUUAUACAGUUAUGUAACGACAACACUGUUAAAAAGUAGAAAUGAAUAUUUAUCUAACCGUUUUUAUCUGGCCGCCAAAGCCAAAUAAAUAAAUAUUAAUAUACACAUAGUAUAUAUUACAUAUGAUUAAUAAAAUAAAUUGUAAUAAAUUUAAGUAUGUUUAAAGUGAUAACUUAAAGCAAAUAAUAAUAAUAGUAAUUAUGUUGACAUUAAACAAGAUUUGCUGUGACACGUUACACUCAUUUUUGGUAAGCGUUGUUAACGUAAAAUGUUUAAAAUAAAUCGUUGUUUUUAUAAGCGUUUGUAGUGGAAAGGAAGCAAUUUUUGCCUUUUACCUUAUAUAACAUUUAUAAAAACGUUGAGAAUUACAUAUAAAAAUAUACACAUACGUACAGACUAAUAUUAGCAAAUAUAACUGAGAAAGUGUUGGUAUAAGCAACCUACUAGAAGUUAUUACUAGCGAAAUUUUGGUUCUUAUUUACAAGUAGUUCAAGUUUUUGGGAAAUUAAACAAGUGUUAUACAAUGAGGAUGCAGUUUGUUGGUAACUACAUUUAACGCAAAUAAACAAAUUAUAAACAUUAUCAAAAUAUUAUACAAGUUAAAUCAAUAAAUAUCAAUAAAACCAAGAAAAUAAUCAACUGUUAGUUAAAUAAUGUUUAUAAAAGAGUAAACCAUAAAUAUUAACCAUUUUUGAAAUGCAUACAUACAUAGUACAUACAAAUGUUAUUGAUCAAAGAAAAUUUAAAUUUUUUAAUUAUUCAAAUUAUUAAAUGUUUAUAAGUAGUAUUUCCUACACUUAUAGUUAUAAGCAAACUACAGCUAACAAACAUUUUUGAAAUUUCGAGAUUGCAACCACAUAAUAAGUAAUAAAAUUUACCUCAGAAAAAAUAGAGAAUUCGAAAA